CAGUAACGAAACGGCUUUCAGCCGCAACGGAUUGGAAAAAAAAAAUAAAUUGAAACUAUAAAAAAUAUAUAUUCAACCAACGAGUUAGAACGUUGUUUUGAAAAGAGAUGAGAAAAAGCAAAAAAAUACAUAAUGUGUAAAAGAUGAUUUUUAUUAAUUGUAUUUGAAAAGCAUUAGCAUUUGUUAUAAAAUAACAAAAUUUAAAAAAAUUGCCCUAAUGAGGCCUUAAAAAAGGAGUGAAAAAUAAAGUAGUUGAAGUGAAAAAAACCAGUUUAAAAUUGGGUUAUUAAAAUAUAAAGACUACACUUGCAUUUUAUGGAUAAUAGAAAAAAAGUAAUAGAAAUCCUAAAAAAAGUACCUAAUUAGAGAAAAAAGGAAUUGUGUAAAAAGCAAAUAGUUAAAGUGGUUUAAUAAAGUUAAAGAUUUAAUAAAAAUAUCUGUUCCAAUUAGAAAAAAAGUGUACUACCGAAAUUAAUAGUACUAGCGGUUCGUGUGUGUACUUUUGCCGGCAUUCGUAGCUUAAAGUGUAUACGAUACGAUACAUCCUAGAGGAAAAAUCAAUUUUUGUUCCGAUUACUUUUCUCUAGAGUGGAGGCAUGUUGUUUGGAUGUGUAGUGUAUGAGCCAGUGUAUUGAUUGAGUGUGAAUAAAACGUGGAGUAAAUGCUAGACGACCAUGGAUAAGACAACAGAUGAGAGACAUGAAGAAGACCCGCCACCACCAAUAAUGGGGGUGGGUGAGGCCAAGCGACCCAUACCGGCAGUGCGCAAACGUCGUUUAGGGCAAACAGCUGUUGAAACGUCAUCGACUGCAGAUGAUACUCAACCAUAUGUUAGCCAAGGCCAAAUGCAGCAGGAUUUUGAGACCAUUGAAGAAGCAAGCAAUACAGGAUUUGUGUAUGAUGACUCGAUGCAAGAGACAUCGUCUACUAUAUCCCGCACCAUAACGAAAACUAUUAGGACAACUACUUCCAGUUCCCAUGAGUAUUUGAUGGAAGAAGGUUUUGAUACCCUGGGAAGACCUAAGACACCUACCACACCUUUACGUUUAAAGCAAAAAGUGGCCAUUUAUGAAAAGGCCUGGCACUCGGGUGAGAUGGGUGGUAUAAAAAGAUCAGCGGAACAUAUGAGCCAGGAGAGCAUACGCAGCUCUACUGAUGCCACGGAUAUUGAUAUAAAUAUUGAUUCGGAUAAUCCUUUUGAUAUAGAUGUUUAUGAGAUUGAAAAACGUUUACGGGAAGAACGUAAACGUGGUCUGGCUGAAGCUGAGGCUGCCAAAUUGGCUUUUCAGCAGAUCCAAUUAAGGGCCACACCUCUAUCGCCUGCCCGUAAAGUGGAAAUACAUGAAGAACACACUGCUAGUCCUUUUAAUGUUACCCUCAAGACCACCAGUAAAAUUUCACCGGGAGCGGUAACAGGACGCAUUGAAUUAGAAGAACAUUCCCCCAAAAGUCCGUUUAAUGUAACAUUACGCACAACUCAGCGUUAUCGCAGAAAUCCUGCCACUCCAGAGGAAUUACAACAAGCAUCACCUUUCAAUGUUACUUUACGCACCACAAAAAGACAUUCCACUUCACCAAAUCCCACAGCCGUGGAUGGUAAAUUGGCCUCGGCUAGAUUCUUGGAGGGCGAAAAAACCGUUCGGGAAGUUAUAUCGGCCGAUGGAGUAAAAACCAUAGUCACCUCCUCUAUGACUAGUGAUGGUCGUAAGCAUGAGGAGAAAAUCUUUCGUCAUGGUGAGGGUUACUUCUCACCACGUGCUUCUCCUCAGCGUGAAAUGAGAGCCACUACCCCUUCGCGUUCGGUAGAUAUGACCGCUGGAGGUCGAAGGAUACUUAUAAAAUUGGAAAACGAACAGGAACAAAUGGAUAUGUAUAGUACCGAUGAUUCCUUCGAUGUAACUGAUUAUAAAGUAACAAGUGAACGUCACUUUAAGACUACUGCUGGCGGCGAAACCGUUACUCUAGAAACACCCCCUAACAUUGACAUUAUUGUUGGCACAACUAGCAACCACCCUAAACGUCGUACGGUAAGCCUGGAAACCAAACAUGAACAAAUGCCAUGGCAAACGCAACAACACUAUACCAAUACCUCUUCUACGUCCUCCUCCUCUACAGCUGCCUACACUACCAAGACUACCACGAAAAUAACAACAACGUCCCGUCAGCAACGUGAAUCAUUGGAAAGCGAUGAAACUUCUGUGAAAAAUAUCAGUAUUUCGAAAACGAUACAAUCGCAAGGUUCUACGUCUCCAGAAGAAUCGCAUAGAUUUGUAACAAAACAAACUAUUACUGGCUUGCCCCCGUCCCCAACAUCCCCCACGGUCUCCUCUAGGAUUGGUAAAUCGGUAACAAAAACAACAACGGCUACGCACAAGCUAACGAAACUAGAAAACGAAACGUCACCACCACCAGAGCAUGAAGCUUUAAGAAAACGUCUUGAAAUAGUGGGUUAUGGUCGCGACGGUCUCGGUCACGGUACUGGUGAACUCGGCUAUAAAACGGAUAAAUUACGCGAAACGCAAAGUGACGAUUCCGACACCGAAGGUGCUACAGCCAGUAGUAUUGUGAUUGUACCAACUGGCUCUUCGGUAAUACCGGCAAGUGCAAGUGUAGCAACAUCAGCAAUAACUCCAACGAAAGCUGGCGGCACUGUAAGUGCCUCUAGCAGUACUACCAGUACUUUGCAUAAGUCUCUGACUCCGACUCAGACACAACAACAACAAAGUACUACGACGACGUCUCAGACGUCCGCCAACGAAUAUCAAGAAAUCCAAUCCACAAUGGCAGCAAUACAAUUUGCACGCAGUAACUCUCAAUAUGAUACGCACAUCAAGGAGAAAAGAGAGGAGCAAGAACGUGUUCAAAAGAAAACAUUCACUAAUUGGAUUAAUUCAUACCUCUUGAAGCGUGUUCCACCGCUUCGAGUGGAUGAUUUGAUCAACGAUUUGCGCGAUGGUACAAAAUUAAUAGCACUUUUGGAAGUGUUAUCUGGCGAAAAGCUACCCGUCGAAAGGGGACGCGUUUUAAGACGUCCACAUUUCCUUAGCAAUGCCAAUACAGCGUUACAAUUCUUGGCUAGCAAACGUAUAAAAUUAGUCAAUAUCAAUCCAGCCGAUUUGGUGGAUGGGAGACCACCAGUUGUUUUGGGUUUGAUAUGGACCAUUAUAUUAUACUUCCAGAUUGAAGAGAAUAGCCGCAACCUCGAAUACUUGGGCCAUGGCAUUGGUGGUUCGGUUAGUUCUCUUGAUAGCGUGGGUAAAAACGCUAGUGAUAUGAAGGCUGAAAAAUGGAAGCAAGGUGCCAGAAAAACCUUGCUCAACUGGGUAACAAAUGCCCUGCCAAAGGAAAGUGGUGUAGAGGUUAAGGAUUUCGGUGCCAGCUGGAGGGAUGGUGUCGCUUUCUUAGCUCUCAUUGAUUCCAUAAAGGCCAAUUUAGUUAAUCUGGCUGAAUUGAAGAAGAACGCUAACAAUCGCCAACGUUUGGAAACAGCUUUCGAUGUGGCCGAAAGUAAACUAGGCAUUGCUAAACUAUUGGAUGCUGAGGAUGUGGAUGUACCUAAGCCAGACGAAAAGAGUAUAAUGACAUAUGUGGCUCAGUUCUUGCAUAAGUAUCCUGAACCCAAGGGUGCCAGCAAAGAUUUCUCGCAUAUACAACAAGAAAUCGAUGAACUCAAACGUUUCCUAAUGGAGAAAUCUGCCGAAUAUGAGCCAAUGGUAAUUGGAAAUUCUUUCCCGCGUGAUUUUGCCGAAUAUUUGAUAGCUCGUUCUGAAAUUGAUGCCCAUUUGCCCACAUAUAAUCGUUUGAAACAAUUGGUCGAAAGCCAAAGUGGUUUCUUGCAAGUUUCCCGUUCCAACUGGGAGGAUAUAAAUGUCUUGUGGCAACGUGUCCAAUAUCAAAUGAACUAUUGGCUUUGGUUAUUGGACUCUGAAUUGCCGGGUGAAUUCGGUGAGGUGGGCAAAUGGUUGGCUGAAGCCGAAAAAAUCCUUAUGGAUAAUGAUAUACCCACAGCCAUGAACGAGGAAACGGCUGCCGUUAUUUCUCGUAAACUAGAAGAACAUAAGUUGUUCUUUGCCGAUUUGCCACGUAUUGUGGCAAUGUUUGAAAAUGCCAAGAGAUCACCCUUGGCCCAGAAAAUACCCUUGGAACAAUUGCGCAAUAUGGAGCGUCGUGUGCAAGAGGUUGGCCCCAGGGCAGCCGAACGUAGAAUUAAAUUAAAGUUCCUAGAACACAAAUGCUGUUUGGUGGCAUUUUUGAAUUUGGUCGAAAACAAAAUGAAGGGUUGGACCGGUAAAUAUGGUACCGAAGAAAGAGUAGCCCAACAAUUGGAACAAUACAAGAAUUUCGUGUCUCGCAACAAGAUUUUCCAAGAAUUCCAAAAGGCUUUCGUGGAUAUGCAACAGGUGGUGGAUGAAUACAAACGUGAUGGCAAUGUCUCACGCAAGGAUAUAGUGGACAUUGAUCGUUUCAUGUAUGACACCGAAGAGCGUUGGAAGCGUGUGUCUUUGGAAUUGAAAUGUUGCCAAAACUCGCUGGAAGAGGUGGUGAACUGUUGGAAAACUUGGAAUCAAUUGAGUCCCGAAUGCGAGCAAUGGCUUAAUUUGGCCGAACAAAAAGUCAUGCAGUCCGAAGAUGAAAAGUUGAACUUCUUCCAGGACAUCAGUGUAUGGAAGGAUAAAUUUGAUGCCUUAGCCAAUGGUGCCAAUUAUUUGAUUGCCUCCUGCGAAGAAAAUAUUGCCCAUAACUUAAGACAACAACACGGUUAUUUGGCCGAACGUUUUGAAAGACUUUUCGUUAAUACUAAAAAAUAUAUGCAUGCCGGUGAUAUCAUACGUUCUAGACAAGAAUAUAAAUCAGGAAUUGAAAAGUUGUACCAGUGGUUGCGCUCAGCCGAAAGUAUUCUUAGUCAGAAGUUGCAAUUGGGCGAUAGCCAACAAAUACAGAAAUACAGUGAAGAUUUACAAAAAUUGGCUUCAGAAAUUGACGACAAUGAGGAACUGUUCAAAAAUAUUAGCCGCAAUAUCCAAGGUCUUAUACAGGAUCUCUCACGUGAAGAAGUCGAUGGCAUGAUGAAGACUCUUAAACUGGAAAAGGAAGCCUUAGUGCGUGUACGCGCUCAAAUACCCAACAAGUUACAUUUAAUACAUCAACUCUUAAUACAACAAGAAUCGCUGGAAGCCGGUCAAAAGGAAAUCCAUCAAUGGCUCAACGAAGCCGAAUCCCUAUUAAGCACCCACACUUUAAGUGGUGGACGCGACAAGGUCAAUGAGGAAUUGAACAAACAUAAAACAUUCUUCUCACGCACCGUCUACUAUCGCUCCAUGUUGGAGAGUAAGAAUAAGGUGUUCCAGAAUCUUUUGAGAAAUGUAACGGCCGACGAAAACAUUGAUCCCACCCAAGCCCAACACAAUAUGCAGCAAAUGAAUGAUCGCUUCAACUAUGUUAUACAAAAUGCCCAGCAAUGGGAACAACGUUUGGGAGAAACUCUCAACAAUUGGAAUAAUUUCAAGGAUAACGAACGUGUUGUCAGCGAAUGGUUGACUCAGGCUGAAACGAUUCUAAUUGAAAAACAUAUUGAAACCAAGACCACCAUUGAGACCCAGAAAUACUUCUUUGAAAAUGUCAACCAAAGAUGGAUGUCCAAUUUGGUGGAGUCGGCUCAGAAUCUGUUGAAAACUUUGCCACCACCAGAACAGAAACCGGUGGUAGAUUCCGUAGAAGGUUUACAAACCAAAUGGCAAAACGUUUUGUCUCAAGCACCUUUGCAUUUAAUGAAAUUGGAAUUCCGUGCCGAAGAAUCACAAUUCCAUCAAACUAUGCAGGAAGUGGAAAAGGAGUUGCAUUUGGAAGAGCAAGCUCUGAAUCGUAACGAAGAUGUUGACUCCAUACUUAAACGCAAUCAACAGUUCUUCUUGCAACAAGGUUCCAUACCCCGAUUGGAGAAUAGUUUGCAAAAUAUGUAUCGCUUAGAUCAAGCCUACAGACAGCAACAGCCCACUGACAACUCCUUGGAGAAUGCCUACAAAAAUGCCCAAGCUCAAUAUGCUCAGCUAUCGAAUAAGAUUGCUACCAUGCGUGAAACUCUACAGCAAAUUCCUGCCCAAUGGGAAUCAUAUCAUGAGAAAUUCAAUGAUAUGGUCGAAUGGAUGAAUACCGUAGACAAGAGUUUAAAGAAUAUUGUCAAUGAAGUCAACAGCAUGGAAGAGUUUGAAAAGGAGAAGGUUGUUUUCCAGAAAAUCUGCCAAGAAGCCGACAAUAAACGUGAAGACAUGAAAUGGUUGGUGAAAACUUUGGAUCAUCUUCUUAGCUAUGCCAGUGAAGAGGAAGCCAAUGCCGAACAGAAGAAACUGGAAGAUCUGAUUGCUCGUUAUAAAAAUCUCAUACCCACCAUUGAAAUUACCAUGGUCAAGACUGAAGUGUUCUCCAAGUGCUAUACCUAUCGCCGUGAGGUACAUGAAGUUGUGUGUCUUUUGAGCAAGGUUAAAGAACAAGCCGCCAACAUACCACCACCCGAUAGUUUGGAACGUGUUAACAAGCUAAUUGAAGAACAACAAUAUGCCAUCAAUCAGUUGGAUCAUCAACGUCCUCAUAUCAUGUCAAUGCUGCAAAGAGGUCGUGACUUAAGCAAGGACGUUCAUGCUCCUGCUUUUGUACAACAUGAAGUAAAGAAUUUGGAAACUGGCUGGAACCAAGCUUAUACACAAACUUCCGAUAAGUUGCAAGCCCUUAAGGGUACUCAAGCCGUCUGGAAUGAGUUUGCCGAUCAAAAGGCCGACAUUUGUUCCAUGUUGCAAGUGGCUGAGACUGAGUUGAGAGCCUUGACUCCUUUGCAAACUGAUCCCAAGAAUGUCAGUCAAGAUUUGAAGGCCAAACGUGAAUUGAAUACUCAACUGCAUCAAGCCUCUCAUCAAUUGUUGCCCAAACUUCAUGCCUUGAAGGCUGAAUUAGCUCCCUUGGCGGCGGCCGAAAAGAGACCCAUAUUAGAGAAGGAAGUUACUGAAGUCGAGAAAAUGUUCUUCAAUACCAUGGAACAUGUAAAGGAUCGUGUUGGUUACUUGGAAGACUACAGUGCUAAAUGGAAUAACUACAAGUCUCGUCUAGCUGAAUUGCAAGAAUGGGCCAAUAAGGUAGCACCAAAGGCCAUAGAAACUUUACACUCAGAAGAUUUAACCCCUGAAGAACGUGUCAUGAAGGUUAACGCUUUCAAGGGUACUUUGGCCGAAAGGAUGAAACAAUUGGAUAUGCUAGCUGCCGAUGCUUCCGAAUUAGCACCCAAAGAAGGCAACAUUGCUGAAGCCAAGAGAUUGAAGGGUGAAAUAACUAAACUUCAAGAAGUUCUCAGUGCCAUCAACCGCAAUGUGGAUCAUCAGGCUCAAGCUGUACAAGAAGACCUUGCCAACUGGCAACAAUUCCAAACCGGCAUCCAGCACUUGAAACCCAUUGUGGAGGAAAGUGAAAUUAAGGUAAAUACUAUAGUCCCUAAACCUAUGUCCCUUGAAGAAGCAGUUGCAUUGCAACAAAAUGCCAAACAAUUCGAAACACAUUGCUUGGAGCAAUUAGACCGACUCCAAGGCAUCUCAAACAUUACACACAAAAUGUUAUGCAAAACCAAUGCCCCUGACGAAGUAGAUGCCAUGCACUCCCGUUGGACCACUGUACACGAAAAUGCUAAACAGGCCAGUGGUAAAUUGGAAAAACUUGUUAGUAAUUGGAAGUCCUUCGAAAAUGAUGCCGGUAAACUUGAAGACUGGAUCGAAAAGGGCGAACAAUGUGUAGGCAAGAAGUCUGCGCUACUCAGUACUCCUCAUGUUGAUAAAUUGGAGAAUGAGUUGGUGCGUCUUAAGUCGUUUAACAAUGAAAUUUCCGAACAACAAGCCAAAUUGGUGGCUUUGGGUCAAUCUGCCGAUCAAAUUAGUUUACAUUUGGCACCUGAGGGUGCUGUUAGUCUUAAGGACCGUGUAAAUACCAUGAAAGCCAAACUGCAGAAAUUGUCGGAAGCCACUCGCGGCAAUAUCAAUGAAAUUUCCGAUGCUAUCAUAGCCCGUCAAGACUUUAACGCUAAAAUGGUUAACUUCUCUAACUGGAUGGAUAACUUGAGAUCUCAACUUGCCCAGGUGGAAGAAAUCAAUCCCGAAAGAGUCGAAACUAGUUUACAUGUCGUCCAUGCUCUUAUGCAAGAACACAAUGACAAGAAGCCCUCCUUUAACGCUAUUUACGAUGAAGUUAAGCAAAUUUCCUUAGGUGCUUCCCCCGAAGAAACUAAAGCUCUAAAUGAAGCUUAUUCAGCUUUGGUAUUAAACUACCAAAACUUGGAAACCAAUAUGCAGCAAAAGAAGGUUUGCUUAGAGAAAUGGACUGAACUAUUGAAUUGGAAGCAUGAAACUGAAAAUCACAUGAACUAUUUGAAACAUCAAAUCGAAAAGCCAGAAGCUCCCCAACCCGUAGAGUUAAACAAAAUAAUGACAGAAAUCUCUGCCAUUGCCAAAAAUGUGCCAUAUUGGAAAGCCCAAGCUAAAGAAAUCGAUGAAAAUCCUGUUAUACAUCUUAAAGAUGCCUUGACCCGCAAACCCUACAUUGCUACACAGAUCGUCAAUGAUGUUGAAAAUAAAUUGGAGAACUUGCAAUUGCGCACACAAAACCAUAAACAACAAAUUGAACAGAUGCAAGUUAGAAAAGAUAACUUCCAUACUUUGGAGAACAACAUGGCACAAGCUUUGCAAGAAAACCGUGCCAAGUUGUCUGAAAUAUUGAAACGUAAACCCAAUCUUGAAAAUAUCGAUCAAAUUAUUGCCGAUCUGGUGGCUCUUAAUGAUGCUUUGAAGGUUCAAUCAGAUCUCAAAAACAAAAUUCACGAUGAGGGUACACAAUUGAUGCGCGAAGAUAUUGCAAGUAUGCCGGCCAUACAAGAUACUCUUUUGCAUAUGGACAAAGACUACGAUUCGCUACAGGGAGAAAUUGCCGAUCGUAUUCAAAAGUACGAAUUGAUUUCUCGUGCCUUACGUGAAUAUGCUGAUAUUAAGAAUAAAUUCUCUCAAGAAAUGAAAAAAGCCAAUGAUCUCUACCACACAAUACCCCAACAGCCAAGAGAUGAAGUUGAACUGCAACAAGCUUCCGAUAAGACACGCAAAACUAUGGACCAAAUUAGAAAGGUUAAGGUAGUUUUAGAUGAAUUUGAUCGCAAGGUAGCGAAUAUCGGAAAACUCUUUGAUAAUAUUGGCGAAGUGAUUCCCCAGGAUAUACCCAAUGAUUUGGCUGCUGCUAAGCAAAGCUAUCAGGAUCUUCACGAUAAGACGGUUAAAAAUGCCCAUAUGUACGAAACCGAAGCUGUUAUAUGGUCUCAAAUUGAAGAUGCCAAAAAGGAUCUCAUGCCCUGGUUGUCCGAAACUAAUCAAGGCUUGUGUGAUGCUGCCGAUAAUAGUAUAGAAAUUGAAUUUGCUCCCAUGCGUCUAACCAAAUACCGUUCCGAAUUGCCUUCUUAUCAGGCCUUGAAAGAUACAAUUGCCGAAAAAUCUGCUGAGCUCUUGAAGAUCAACAACAAUGUUGAAAUUCCUGCUUUGACCUCACUCAAUCAAUUGCUGAAUGAACAAUUUGCUGAGGUGGAAAAUAAUGCCGAACGUCUUAAUGCCAUAACUGCUCAGUUCAAUGAUCAAGAACAAGACUUGAGAAAGAACAUCAAACAAGCCGGUGAACAAGUAGGAAGACUGAGAGAACAACUCAUUAAAUGUGAUGAUAUGUCUGGAGAUAAUACCAAGAUUAUUGAACGCUUGCAAAACUGCAGAGCUCUGCAAGCUGAACUCUCAAAUACUGGCAAUGAAAUUGACAACAUUAAGCAGAAGGUAGAUGAGCUAAAGAGUAUUUAUCCUACAUUCAGUGAAUCCAUUAUUCCCAAAGAACUUAACAAUGUCCAAAAGCGAUACGAUGGUGUUGAUGUUUAUGCCAAGAAAAUUGAAAAUUCUCUUCUACAGUUCCUUAAGAAAUUCCACGCCGAUAAGGUGGGUAUGUUGAAGAGAAUCAUCAGUACACAAAAGGAAAAGGUGGCCUGGUGUCAACCUGAAAGUUCCAGUGAUAAGUAUAACUUGGAUGUUAAGAAAUCUUCUUUGCAAGAAGUAGGCAAAGCCUUGGAAGAUUGCAAGAAAAGACAAGGUGAAAUUGCCAACUCCUUGGAGAUGCUUAAAGCCAUUGAAUCGCCCGAAAAUAUUGCUGAAUUGGUUAAAGAUGCCGAUUUGUUGAAUGCAGAAAUGAAGGACUUAGAAAACUCAUUUGAUCAAAUCAAAAAUAUCUUAAAUGAAAAUGUUGAUCUUUGGGUGGAAUAUGAGAAAUCCAAUGAAGAAUUGAACGCCUGGUUGAGAGAUAUUGAGGGACGUAUUAAGGCUGAAACUAGUAAUCAAAUCAAUCUUAAUGAAAUACCCAAAAAAUUGCAAGAACUUGCUGCUCUCCAGCAGGAUAUCAAUGAACAUGGUCCCAUUAUAAACAACUUGGAAAAGACCUCUCAGCAAUUGAUUGCCAAAAAUCCAGAGGCUCGCAUUGGUCAAUUUGUUACACAUUUAGUACAACGUUACCAAACCGUAGCUAAGGGUCUACAACAAUAUAUGGAUAAACUAAAUGAAACUGCCAAGGCCAAUGAUGAUUAUAAUGCCGCCCUAACUGAUGCCACCGAUUGGUUGUCCGAGGCUAAGGUUGAAUUCCAAGAAUUAGCUCGUAUGGGUUCACCAGGUUCAUCCUCAGCCACUGCCCAACAAUUGCAGACAAUUAAGAAUUACCUGAAUACUUUCGAUAAUGGACAGAUUUUGCUAAACAAUGCUGUUGACAUUGGUGAAGCCAUGUACACUUCAGUUACACCCGAAAACCGUGAAAAGAUUCGUGCUCAAUUGAGAAACUUGAGAGAAAACUUUGAUUACUUGCGUGACGAGGCAAAUGCCUUGAUGCAACAAGUUGAAGGUGUACUGAUCCAGAAGACCACAAUUGAAGAAAGUUACACUCAAGUAUCGCAUUAUCUCAAUGAAUCCAAGGCCAAGGCUGCUGCCAGUGAUGAAUUAUAUCCCACUUUGGCGGCCAAAAAGGCUGCUCUACAAAACUACAAAGUUCAAUUACAAGAAGCCACUUUGCACAAGAAUGCUUUGAAACAGUUGCAAGAGAAGGCCAUAGCCUUGUGUGAUGACGAAUCGGAACGUAAGACCGAAGAGUCCAUUAAGGAAUACAAUGACUUGUCUAAGAAGAUUACCGAUAGAAUUGGUGUAGUUACUAAUCAAGUUGCCAAGCAUGAAGCUUAUGAUCAAGUUUUGGAAAAGGCACAAGAUUGGUUGAAUACCAUCAAAUCAGAAGCCAUUGAUAUACUCAAUGAAACCACUUUCGAGAAGGAAGGUGCUGAAGAAAAACUUAUUGUUGUAGAAAAUCUUUUGCAACAUAAACCCGAAGGUGAUCAAAUAUUCGAAACCUGCCAACAACUUUUGAAUACGGUACUUUCGCAAACACAUCCUUCAGGACAUCCAGCCUUGUUGAAGAGUUUCCAAGAACCCAAAAAUGCUUGGGAUGAAUUUAUGGUUUUGUGUGAAGACUCUUUGGUUAAACUAAAACAAUUGUGCUCCAAAUGGGAUGAAUUUGAAACUAUAAUUGAUGAAAUCGACAACUGGAUGAAGGGUGUUGAGGCGGUGGUUAAGAAUCAAUCGCUUAAGAGUACAGCCGAAGCCAAGAAAGCCCAUUUGCAACAGCUGUUGGCAUUUGCCAAUGAUAUCGAAAAGAAAGCCAAAUCCAUUAAUGAUCUCAUGGAUCAAGGACGUGAAAUUGAAGGAGAAACUGACUUGAAUCUUAAAUUAUCCCGUUUGAAUACCAGAUAUCAAACCUUGAAGAAUCUCUGCAAGGAAUCGAUUGCCAAAUACCAAAACUAUGUCAAAGAUCAUGAAGCUUUCGAUCAGGAAUACGAAAAAUUCAAACAAGAAUUACAGUUGUGCAUUGAUGAAUUGGAAAAGAACAAGGAUGUAGUAGGCGAUCAAAAUCUUUUGCAAGAAAGACAAAACAAAUUGAGAGAUAUGUCGGACAAGAGAAUUAAUGAUGGUACAAUCUUUGAAAAUCUCAUAGAUAAUGGUGAGAAAUUGUAUGGUCACACUAGUCCUGAUGGUCGUGAAAUUAUACGUCAACAAUUGAGAAAUCUACGCACUAUGUGGGAUAACUAUACGGAUGAUCUUAAUCAAGCUUCACAGAAAAUUGAUCAUUGUAUACUACAGUUUAAUGAAUUCUCCAUUGCCCAAGAUCAGUUGACUAAAUGGCUUAAGGAUGUCGAUAAGGCCAUGCAAAGUCACACCGAACCCAAGACAACUUUACAAGAAAAGAGAGCCCAAUUGCAAAACCACAAACUAUUGCAUCAAGAAAUCACCACCCACAAUGUAUUGGUGGACAAUGUCUGCGAUAAGGCUCAAGCUUUAGUUGAUCAAAUCAAGGAUAAUUCACUCAACGUGUACUUGCAAUCUAUUAAACAAUUGUUCAAUAAUAUUGUACAAAAAUCCGAAGAAAUCUUAAACAAUUUAGAUGAUUGUGUUCAAAAACACAACGAUUUGAAUAACCAAGUUUCCGCCGCCAAAGCCUGGAUUUCGGGAGAAAAAGCUAAACUUCUCGAAUGUGAUGAUGCCUAUGGCGAGAAGUCCGAUAUUAAACGUAAAAUCGAAACUUUGCGUCAUUUGGCUGAAAAUAAACCACAAGCCAUGAAAAUCGUUACGGAAAUUAGAGAACAAUUCGAAAAGGUUAAACCUUCAACUUCCGAGAAGGGCAAUGAAGUUCUAAAUAAGGAAAUUGAUGAAUUGGAAACCACCAUUAAAUCUCAUUUCGAUGAUAUUGAAGGUAUUGAAGGCAAACAGAAUGAUGUUUUGCAACAAUGGAAUAACUUUGAACAAAAAUUGGACGAACUAACCAAAUGGUGCAGAUCUGCUGAAGCUGUCUUCCGCGAACAACAAUUGCAGUCGACAUUACACGAAAAGGUCGAACAAUUGGAGAAAUAUAAAAUACAAAGAGAUUUAAUUUUACAAAAGGAGAAGGAAAUUGAUGCCUUUGCCGAUGCUGCCCAUGCACUGCUUAACAAUUGUGGUGCUGAUCGUUUGAAGACUUUAACUUCUCAAAUUACCAAUCGUUAUCAACUGUUACAAGUACUAAGCAAGGAGGUGGUCAACAGAUGGUCUAACUUAGUCGAUGAUCAUCAGUUCUAUCAGGAUAAAUAUAACGAAGUUGAUUUGUGGCUGCAACCUAUUGAAAAACAACUGGAACAUGCUGAAAAAGAAGAUGCUUCCCAGGUUAGCAAUAUACUGCAAGUUUUAUUGUCUGAAAAGGAACAAGCUGAAACCCUAUUCGCGGCUCUAAAUGCGGCUGGUGAAAAGGCCUUGCCCGAAACUUCUACACAAGGAAGAGAGAAGUUACGUAAGGAAAUGCGUGACAUUCGUGAUAGAUGGGAUAAAUUGGAUGAAGGUAUACGCAAUCUGCAAAAGAAACAGGAAGCCCAAACUGUUCAGCUUUCCAGCUAUCAAGAUAUACUGGGUCAAGUUGUCAAUUGGUUGGAUCAGGUUGAGAAGGCCAUACAAAAUGAAAAUCCUGCUACCUGGACUAGUGCCCAGGAAAUACGUUCGAAAUUGUAUAAAUUCAAGACCACACAACAGGAUAUUAACUCUCACAAACGUAUAGUGGAGGCUGUAAAUGAAAAGGCCACCAUUUUGCAAAACACAACACAACCGGCCAAUGCCGCCCAAAUUAAACAGGCCGUGGAUGAUGUUAACAAACGUUAUGAAAAGGUUUCCAACGAUUGUAAUAAUCUAAUGCAAAAACUGGAAGAAUCCUUUGAUGUUUAUCAGCAAUUUAGUGAAUUGCAAAAGGCCCAACAGGACUAUCAAAAGAACUUGUGGGAUCGUUUGACCAGCUACUCUGAGUACUCUGGCAAUAAACCAGCUUUACAGGCACGCUUAAGCAAGAUUAUCGAAAUUCAAGAUUUGCUACCGGAAGGUUCACAAAAACUACAAACUUUAUCGGAUCACAUCGAUAACAAUGCCAAGAUCUUACCGGCCCGUUCCAAGGAAGCCAUGACACGCGACUUGAGCAACUUACAUGCUGAUUUCGAAAAGUUCUCUGCCGCCUUAAGUGACGUUAAGAGUGGUCUCGAAAAUCGUCUCCAACAAUGGGGAGAUUAUGAAGUAAAUCUUGAUCAAUUGAUCUCCUGGUUGGCAGAAUCGGAAAAUGCCUUGAAAAAUUACAAUCCCAAGUCCACUAUGGAGGAAAAAGAAGAUCAACUCAACAAAUUCCAAUCAUUGGCUCAUAACUUAAGACAAAAGGAAAUCGAAUUCGAGAAAAUUAAGGAUGAUUCUUCGGAAUUGAUACAAAGUUCGGGAGAAACUCGUAUUGCAGUCAAUGUCCAACAGGUCACUUCGAGAUUCCAAUCGAUACAGGCUACUACCAAGGAAAUCCUUAAGAAAUGCGAACAAGCUGUGCAGGAUCACAAUGCUUUCAAUGAAAAAUACAAGCAAUGUUCCGACUGGAUGGCAAGUGCCCAAGCUAAAUAUGAUGACAGCAGUGAUUUGGCUCAAGUGGGAACACGCGAAGAUUUACUUAAAAAACAAAUUGCCUGCAAGGAAUUGUUGGCCCAACAACCUUCAGCUACAUUGUUGUUGAACAAUACCAUUGAAUGUGGAGAGAAAUGCUAUCCAUCAACGGCCACCGAAGGCCGUGAGGCAAUUCGUUCACAAUUGGAGGAAUUGCAGCAGACCUUUGACCAACUCUUCGACAAAAUCAACACUAAUGCCAGAAAAAUUCAAGAUCAAAUGUCCAAAUGGUCUGGUUUCGAUGAAAUCGCCGAAAAACUGCAAAACUGGUUGCUUAAUAUUGAAAAAACUAUACCCGCCGACAUUGAACUCAAGACGACAUUGGAUGAAAAGAGAGCUAAAUUGCAAAAUUAUCGUGAUGCUCUAAACGACAUCAAUAAUCAUCAAGCUGAAAUUGGCAAUUUGCAAGAGAUUACCGCCAAUCUACCCGAAAAAACUGAACAUGUUGAGGAAACCACUAAAGACAUUGUUGAACGCUAUAACAAGGUGCAAAAACGUGCUCAGCAGUAUGUGGAAAAUUACGAAAGAUUUGUGAGUGCUCAUCAACAGUACUGUAAGGCUGUUAUGGAUGCUCAAGAGUUUAUUGAAUCUACUCAUAGUACCAUUGACUAUUGGGGAGAUUUGGAUUUGGAACAGGUAUCGCUACACACCAAUUUGGAUCGUCUUAAGAACUUGAAAUCUAAUUUGGCUGAUGAAUUCCCUCGUGUGGAUCAAGUCAGAACAUUGGGUGAAUUAGUUAUACCCGGUACUGUAGAAAGCGGCCAAGUUAAUAUUAAAUCUCAAAUCGAUAAUACCCAACAAGAAUGGGAAAGCCUUAUAGCUAAUCUUAACUCUACCAUUGAAGCCAUAGAGCUACGUUUACAACAAUGGUCCGAUUAUGAGCAAUUGCGUGAUCAAUGCUUGGCCUGGAUUAGAGAUGCUGACAACAAAUUACAUUCCGUUGACUUAAAGGCCAAAUUGGCCGAAAAGAAAUCCCAAUUGGAGGAGCUUAAGACUUUGCAAGGUGAAGUAAGAGCUAAGGAAUUGGAAAUCGAUAAUGUAUCUGAAAAGGCCCAACUACUAAUGAAGGGUCCUUCGGCCUCACGCAGCUCGGGACCUGAAUUGGUUACUAAAUACCAACAACUAUUCCACAAAGUCAAGGAACUUAACAAUCGUUGGCAACAAUAUGUUACUUCCCAUCAAGAAUUCGAUAACUCUAUUUCCGAAGUUACCGCCUGGAUUAAUGGCAUUAAGGAGAAACUUGAUUACUGCUCGGAUAUGUCUUCAAUGAAUCAAAAGGAAUUGGACAAAAAGUUGGCUACUAUUCAAGAUGUUACUCUGAUGAAAGAUGAAGGUUCCGCUAAAGUAUUGAGUAUCGUGGAGUUGGCCCAAAAUGUUUUGGCCAACACCGCUCCCAAUGGUCAUGAUGCCAUCAAUAAGGAAUUGUCCGAUUUACAAGAUCUUUGGUCUUCAAUUGCUUUGCGUAUUGUCGAUGUAAAGGGUCAAUUAGAUGAUUCCAUUACACAAUGGUCUGGUUUCUUGGAACAAAUACAAAACGUUAAUAAAUUCAAUGAUUCUAUGGAUGCUACGCUCAAGGAACUUUCCGAAUAUCAAGCAACAAUGCCCGAAAAGAGAGCACAACUUGAUCGCAUUAAGUCGACCGAAGAGAAGGUACGCAUGGAGAAAAUCGAUGUGGAUUCGUUGAAAUCUCAAGCUAAGGAUAUGAUCGCUAGUGGUCAACAGAGUCAACAAGCAUUCCAGGCCCAAAAGGUUUUGGAUAGAUUUGAUGAAUUGGCUGCUAAGGCAGAAAAACUGCUAACCGAGAGACAAGAUCAAUAUAGAGACCACCGGUUAUACAAGGAAGCCUAUGAUGAUUUGGUCAGUUGGAUUAGCAGAGCCAGAGAGAAGUUCCCCUCAUUGAAGCAAAGCAGUCUCAGCGAUAAAUUGGCCAUUGAAAAUGCCGUACAAGCCACUGAGAAUAUGUUGAACAAACAGGCUCAAGGGGAAUUGUUAGUUGAACACUUGACCCAUACCGGUGAGGUGGUAAUGUCCAGUACUUCACCCCAAGGUCAAGAAAUUAUACGCAAUGACAUACGCUCUCUCAGAGAUAGUUUCGAAUCUUUGUUCCGUGAUAUUAGCUCCCAAAAGGAGAAUCUAGAGGAAACCAUGAACCAAUGGAGAGCCUACAAAGAGGAAUACGAACGUCUCAUGGAAUGGUUGCAACAAAUUGACAUUUUAGUUAAGAAUCACAAGUUGAACUUAUUGCCUAAUUUGAGAGAGAAAGAAAAACAAGUUGCCGAUAUGCGUGACAUUAUGGGCAGACUCGAAAAGGGCAAGGGAGAUAUAGAAAAGUUCAAUAACUCCGCUGCUGGUCUCCUGAAAUCACACUUGGAUACCUAUGUCAACAAUCAGCUGAGACAUUUGAAUUCUAUGUAUCAAGUACAGGUCAAUUUGGCUAAAGAUGUUUUGAAAAAGGUCGAAACCAACUGCGAACAACAUCGUGAAUUUGAAGGUAAUCUACAGAGCGCCAAAGAUUGGAUUAAUCAUGCCAAGGAUGUGAUUAGAGAGGCAAGUGAAUCUUCUAGUGCUGGUUCUAAGGAACUGCUUGAAAAGCGUUUGGAAAAGAUACAGACACUUAUACGUAACCGUGAAGUGGGUCAAAAUCUGGUGCACACCGCCAUUAAUAAUGGUGAAAAGGUGGUGCGUAAUACCCGCUCCGAUGGCCGUGAUGCUAUUAACAAUGAAAUGAAGGAAUUGCAAAACGAUUGGGAUCGUUUGGUUAAGAAAAUGUCUACGGCCAAGGUUCAAUUGGAGACUAAUCUUUUGCAAUGGGCUGACUACAGCUCCAGCUAUACACAAUUGCAGAAAUGGAUUGCCGAUAGAGAAUCUAAAUUGCAGCAGGCCUGCGAACAAAAGAUACACAAAUCCAAGGGUGCUCCUAGACUUAGCAGUGGUUUGAGUGAACGCAAGGCUAACUUGCGUCAAACCAACAAUAUUGUCCAGGAUAUAGUGUCCUUCGAACCUAUGAUCCAAUCGGUUACAUCCAAGGCCUCUGAUUUGCAACAAGGUGCCCCUGCCUCGGAAAUAUCCAACAAAUACGAGACUCUCACCAAACAGGCCAUGGAAUUGUAUGAAAAACAAAAGAAUACUAUUGAUCAAUACCAAGCCUUUAUUGAUUGCGGUAAUGAUUUUGCCACCUGGUUGCGCAAUGCUAAGGAACGCUUGAGCAAAUGCUCCGAACCCACGGGUGAUAAGCAAGCUUUGGCCGAAAAGACUCAUCAAUUGAAGAUUUUACAAAGCGAAGUACCCGAGGGACAAAAGAAACUGGAGGCGGCUUUAGCUCAAGGCGAAAAGGCCUGCAACGAGGCAGAACCUGAAGAUAGAGAAGUUAUUGAACAGGAGGUGGCGCUAUUGCAAGAAGAAUUCGACACCUAUGUUGAUAAUCUCAUGAAGACUAAGGAUUACUUGGAAAUGGGUAUUGUUAAAUGGUCCGAUUACCAAGAUCAAUACACUGAAGCUUUGGAUUGGUUAACUAAAACCGAAGCUUUGGUUCAAUCCUACAAUAAAUUACAAGAGAAUCUUACCCAAAAGAAGGUGGUGCUCGAAGAGUUCCAAGGUCACUUGCAAACCCUAUUCGAUUGGCAAAAGACUUUGGAUCAUUUGAAUAUGAAGGCACAAAUGCUAUUGGAGACCUGCUCUGAUACCAGAAUUAGUAAUGCCAUUAUGCAGCUUACCACCAAAUACAAUGCCCUGUUAACCCUAGCCAAGGAGGUAAUGCGCCGCUUGGAAAUGCACUAUCAAGAACAUCAACAACAUCACACUCUAUACGAAGAAUGUCAAUCGUGGAUCGAACAAACUAGAGAGAAAUUGCAACAAUGCGAAAUUAUACCCGGAACUUUGAAUGAGGUACAAAUCAAACUUAAUACAGUUAAGAAUCUAAGACAAGGUUUCGAAUCGGGUCAAAAUAAGUUACGCUAUUUGCUGGAACUUAAGGAAAAGGUUAUAAUGAACACCGAACAAAGUGGAGCCGCUAAAAUACAAGAAGAUACGGACACUUUGAAACAGGACUAUGAGGAUUUGCUUAAUCAAAUGAAUGAUGUUAAGCAGAAGUUAAUGAACCGUUUGGCCAAAUUGGAAGAAAUCUUCAAAAUGUAUAAGCUGUUGCAAGAAUGGCUAGAAGAUGUAGAACCCUCAUUGAAAACAUCCGAUGACUAUCUAAACGAUUUGAGUGAAAAGCGAGCUGCUUUAGAGAAAUUCCGUGCCAUACAAAGAGAUUUCAAUGGACACAGUGAUAUGGUGGAAAAGAUUAAUAAACGUUUGUCCGAAGAUAAUUCCCUAGAUCGUAAUGAUUUUGCUGCUGGUCUGAAUAAAUUCGAUGAGCUGCAACAAAAGGUUAAUGCCAUUAUUGAAUCGCUGGAAAAUCAAGUUAAUAAUCAUGACAAAUACAAGCAAUCGCUCAACGAACUCCAGGAAUGGUUGCGCAAUACUAGAAUUGAAAUCGAACAAUGUUCGAAUUGCCAUGGCGAAAAGCAACAGGUUGAAGAGCGUCUCAACAAAUUGGGUGAUAUUGACUCGAGCAUGAUCACUGGCAAGUCCUUGCUAGAAGCUUGCCAAGAACUAUCUCAAGCCGUUAUAAGCACUAGCGGUAAUGAGGGUCAAGACAGUGUGACACAAGAAAUCAAACAUUUGUCGGCCGAAUGGGAUGCCGUACAAGCCAUGUCCCGUGAUGCUAGAUCUAAUCUUGAGUCGGCCCUUAAUGCCUGGUCCAGCUUCUUGCAGAAAUUCAAUAAGAUCAAUAAAUGGAUUGAAGAUAUUUCCCAAAGAGUUAACCAUGCCAGCGAAACUGAGAAUAAAACUCCCGAACAUUUGGUUAAUGCCAAGAAACUUCUUGAAGAAGUUGUGGCUGAAAAGGACAAUGUAGAAGAUUUGAAUGAUGCCUGCGAAUUAUUAAUGGAACACAGUGCCUGCUCUAGAGUUCGUGAUCAAACUGUCGAUACUCAAGCCAAUUAUACUAAAUUGUUAACAUCUGCCCAAGGUUUGGUAUCUAAGAUCGAAAAGAAUUUGUCCGAUCAUACUGAAUUCCUUAACUAUAAAAAUGAAAUGGAUGCCUGGAUUGAAAAGGCCCAACAAGUUUUGGAUAGCUGCAAUGGCGAUGAUGAUGUACAAAAGUUGGCCCAACAAAUCGAAACUGUGAAUUCCUUGUCCCUACGUUUGCCCGAGGGUCAACACCUUUUGGGUAUGGUACAAGAUGCCUAUUCCAAGGCCUCCAAUGUCUUGCCCGAAGAUAAACAAGAAAAAUUGCGUGAUCUUAUGACUAAAGUACGCGAAGACUGGGAUGCAUUGGGUGUAGCCAUUAAACAGAAAUUGAUUGAUUUGAAACAGAAACAAUCACGCUGGUCUGACUACUCGGCUAAUAUGGAGAAAUUGGAGAAAUGGCUUAAUGAAGUUGAAAACAAUUUGAAAACUCAACCCGAUACUAAGGGAGAGUUCAGUGAAAUGAAGACACAAUUGGAACGUUACAAGUCACUGCAGGGUGAAAUUAAACUCAAGGGUUCGGAAUUGGAAAAUCUUAUUGCGGAAGCUAAAGAAUUGGGCACUGAUCUCGAUGAUGUGCAUCGUUUGCAGGCUAGAUGGGAUAAGGUUAAAAAUGAUUGUGCCAAUCACAUUAAGAACUUGGAGGGAGAAAUCAAUGAUUAUACUUCAUAUCAUCAAGCUUUGCAAGAUAUAGAAAAAUGGCUUUUGCAAAUUUCCUUCCAAUUGAUGGCACACAAUUCCUUGUUCAUCUCUAAUCGUCAACAGACUCAGGAACAAAUCAAACAACAUGAAGCUUUAUUGGAUGAAAUACAAAAAUAUCAAGCCAAUAUUGAUGAACUUAAUGCUAAGGGUAAAAUGCAAAUUAAACGUUAUGAAGCUACUACCCCGGCCAUUAGAGAUACCGUGGAAUCCCAAUUGAAGAAUAUACAAGACAGUUAUAAUUCGUUGUUGCAGACCUCAGUGCAAAUACGCAAUCGUUUGCAAGAGUCUUUGGCUAAAUUCCAAGAAUAUGAAGAUACUUUGGAUAGUAUCAUGCGUAACUUGGAGGAAUAUGAACCCAUUAUACAAACCGAAUUGGAUGCUCCUGCCACUACCUUGGAAAUGGCCCAAAAUCAAUUGAAAUGUGCCCAAAAUAUGCAAAAUAAAUUGAACAAUGAAAAGUCUAGAUUGGCUAGUGCCGUGCAGGCUUGUGAAGCAGCCACUGCUUCCAUUAGCAGACCCAGCUCACCUUUGGAAACGGCCAUGCAAGUUAUACCCGAACGUGAACUUAUAGUGCGCGCCAAACUUGAAGAUUUGUUGGAUCAGAUACCCAGUAAAAGAACUCUAAACUCAACUAAGGAUAAUGACGUUACAGUCGAUGUUGAGCUUUCUGAAGUUAAUGAUAUUUUACUGGAUGCUGUAGCUCAUGAGCGUAUACAAAAUUUCAAGCAAAUAAUACGUUUAAAUUUUAAACUUGUCGAACGUUUGUACGCUCUCAACACUAAG